CAUCUUCCAUUCUUGAUAUUGGUAAUUUAAUCAUCUCUCAUGUUUUCAGGAGAGAUUGGCCUAAUACUUCUUAAUUUUACUAUCUUUUUAAAAAAAGCACCUCUUGGUGUCAUGCAUCUUUAUUGUGUAAACAAUGUCUUUAUUAUUUCAAUGAUUUCUCUUUUAUGUCUCACAGUUUGCUUUUCAGGUUUUGGUUUAAUUUGUGCUUUUUCCUUCCAGCUUCUUAAGGUGGGAAAUUAGAUGCUUUAUUUUGGAACUGUUUUCUUUUUAAAGCAUAAGCAUUUAAAACUAAAUUUCUCUUUCAGCUGACUUAGCUGCAUCCCACAAAGUUGUGCUUGUAUUUUCAUUUCAUUCAGCUUCCAAUUUCCCUUGUGACUUCUCCUUUGAGUUACAUGGAACUUUUUGUUUUGUUUUCAAGGUACAUUGUUUAAUUUCCAAAUAUUUGGGGGUUUUGUUGAUGAUUUUCUGUCACUGGCUUCCAGUUUAAUUUGGUUGUGGUCAGAGAGCAAAAUCUGGAUGUUUUCUGUCUUUAAAAACUUACUAAGGUUCUGGCCUGAGCACGCCAGCAUCACUGUAGGCGUAUCCUGCAGUGCUCCUGGGUGUCCAGCUCAGCUCUGACCAGGAGGUCUUUAUUGUGCUGGACUGGCUCUGUUGGUCCUUUUUCUUGAGAGCCAGGAGGGAGUCUUCAUUUCUAGACCCUAGGAAACAUCAUCAGGCCUUAACUGGGAGUGCACACGGGGUACGAAGGGUCCCAGGGACUUGGGGUGUGGCAUUUGGUGAAAGAGAUGUCCUCAGAGACUGGGGUGCAGCGUGGAGGCUGGAGGUCCUGGUCUGGCUUCCUGCCAGGGCCGUGUGUGGUGGCACUGCCACUGGCAGGCUUGUGCCCAAGGGCCACCAACCCAAACUGCUGCUCUGGACCCAGGCGCCCUUGUGAACACCUCCCAGACACCACAACCCUGUCAAGUCCAAACAGUGACCCUGCUCCAGCCUGCCCAGCUCCAGCCUUUUGAACUCAGCCCAUGUCACUAACAGCAGAUGGUGCUGGCUCUUGCAGAUCCAUCCAAGGUUGGGUGCCCUCCUACCCCUCCCAGUGCUGCCACCUUAGUGCCAACCAACACCUGCUCCCCUCUGCACAUCCAUUUCGGUGAAAGCCACGUGAUCUCCACACCCACAGGUGCCUCUUACUUGGCUUCCCCUUGUAGCCCAGCCCUCAGGAUCCUGUACCCCCUUUUCCAGCCUUGCCCCUACUGCCCCAGGGCCUUUGUACCCGCCAUGCCUGCAGUUCUUCCACCUCCUAUCAUAGCCUUCAGCAGCCUUGGCCUCAGUGCCUCCUUCUUGAAUUCUUGGCGUCAAAUGUCAAAUCCAUUUGACAUAAAGUUGAGCACAUUACAACACAACACAGGGAUUUACGUGCUUCCAUCCACACUGGAACAUAAACCAUACCCGGGAAGGAUGAUGGCCUUGCUGUCCACUGCAUAAAAGUUGAUGAAGUCUGUAUAAAUUAGUUCUUGCUGGAAGCCCCUCACCCAGAGGCAAGUGCUCCUGACAGCCGGGCGGCAGCAGAGUGCCAUGGCUCGAGACGGGCAGUUCCGGGAGGAGCUGGGCUACGAUCGGAUGCCUACGCUGGAGCGGGGUCGGCAGGAUGUGGGGCGGCAGGAUCCAGGGGGCUUCAGCACCGACACGAAGCCCAAGGACCUCCAGCUGUCGAAGAGGCUGCCCCUGUGCCUCAGCUAUAAGACCUGGGUGUUCUCUGUGCUGAUGGGGAGCUGCCUCCUGGUGACCUCAGGCUUCUCGCUGUAUCUGGGCAAUGUGUUCCCCUCCGAGAUGGACUACCUGCGCUGUGCUGCUGGCUCUUGUCUCCCGUCAGCAAUUGUGAGCUUUGCUGUUUCCAGGAGCAACAUCAAUGUGAUCCCCAACUUCCAGAUAUUGUUUGUUUCCACAUUUGCCGUCACCACGACCUGCUUGAUUUGGUUUGGAUGCAAACUCAUUCUGAACCCAUCGGCAAUAAACAUAAACUUCAACCUCAUCCUGCUCCUCCUGCUGGAGCUUCUCAUGGCGGCCACUGUCAUCAUCUCAGCACGCUCAAGCGAGGAGCCCUGCGGGAAGAAGAAGGGCUCCGUGUCUGACAGCACCCAUACCUUGGAUGAAGUGACAUUUCCUGCUCGGCUCCUGAAGUCCUACUCUGUGGUCGAGGUGAUUGCUGGCAUCUCUGCUGUCCUUGGUGGUGUCAUUGCCCUGAACGUGGACGACGCUGUCUCAGGCCCGCACCUGUCAGUGACCUUCUUUUGGAUCUUGGUGGCCUGCUUUCCGAGUGCCAUCGCCAGUCAUGUGACAGCGGAGUGUCCCAGCCAGUGUCUGGUUGAGGUGUUGAUCGCCAUCAGCAGCCUCACGUCCCCACUGUUGUUCACGGCCUCUGGGUACCUGUCCUUCAGCGUGAUGAGAGUGGUGGAGAUUUUCAAAGACUACCCACCAGCCAUCAAAGCCUAUGACGUGCUGCUGCUGCUGUUGCUGCUUGUGCUGCUCCUGCAGGGCGGCCUCAACACAGGGACUGCUGUGCUGUGUGUGAGCUUCAAGGCCAGUGCCAGGCUGCAGGGCCCAUCCUGGGAGGCCUCGGCUGGCCCGCAGGAGCGCCCCGCCGGGGAGGUGGCCAGAAGCCCCUUGAAGGAGUUCGACAAAGAAAAAGCCUGGAGAGCCGUCGUGGUGCAGAUGGCCCAGUGACUGCAGGACGGGAAACUGAGCCACACGUGCCGCCUGCCCGGCCCUCAGCACUCAGCCUUGCAGACCCUGUCCUCCGCCCCUACUUUCUAACACGUCUCCUCCCUCCUUAGGGCAGCCCAGACUGCGAGGGACCUUGUUUCUUACCAUAGUUUAACUCUGAAAUAGGCAAAUAGCAAAAGUUCAGUGCCUCAUUGGGCAGAGUUCUGGGACUCCUGGUAGCCUCACUGCAUGGGGCUCCUGGGCUCGGGGAGGCUCUAGCCCUGUGAGCAGAGGAGUCCGGGUGGAUGGUGGACCUCAGCCUGGCUUCGUCUGUGCUCCGUGUGCUGCCCCUGUGGGCACUGCUUGGUCCAGGCCUUUCUUUCUGAGAUGCCCUCACCAGCUUGCCUGCCACACACAGUGUCCCCCUGAUGAGAGUGAGAUGCAGCUGCAGCACCCACUAGCUGAGCUGCCACCACCUUUGCACCUAAAAUCCACACCUAGGGUCCUGCCCACUCUUCUUAGGAACUGACACCAGUCCCUGCAAAAGGCCACCUUCCCCUGGUCUGGCAAUGCCCCAGAAUGUCCGCAUGUCCAGGGAAGCUCUGCAAAGCCACUGUGACAGCUCAGUGUCCUCUGGGGUGGGGCUGAGUUUCAGCCUUUGUGACUGACCGCUUCGUGACAAAGACAGCUGAAACAGCCCCUCCCUCCACGCCUGGCCUGCUCCUGAAGGACCGACCCCACCUGAGCUGGGCGACACCUGGCGUCCCCGGCCCGCCACCUCCUUCCUCACUCGUCUUCCUAACUCACUGCAUCCAGCCUGGCCCAGUGUCUCCUGCCGUGAGGCUGGUAUUCCUCAGUCUCAGGCAUUUGCCCACCUCCACCGGGCCCACCUGUCACCCCACGGGCUAGGCUGCAGGGACAGUUUGGUGUGACAUUAGCUUUGGAGUUGGUUGGGUACCAUCCCCACAUGCCUGGAGGUCACCUGCAGUCUUCCAGCCAUAUAGGCACCAGUAAGUCUGCAGUGGGCCAGGUGUCCUGCAAAAACCGGAAGACAAGAACACGCGCUUUCACAAGCUUGGCUGUGCUAUUCAGCUCCCAGUGGGGUGGUGCAAAGGCCUGGAGGUGAACCUUGUGGUGUGAGCCCUUCAGGACCAAAGGACCCGUAGACCUGAGACAUGAAGUUGGCUGGGGUGGCCUGCCGAGGGGACAGGAGGAUGUCCUGGCCUUCCCACCUCUGAACUCAGGUGACCUGGGAUGCCAGGAUGCAUGACAGGUGGGACACAGCCACCUUCUGGGGGCUGGAGAGUCCAGCGUGCAGGGCCAGAACAAGGCAGUGGAACAGCAGUGCUGGCUUGUGCGUUCUCAUUUUAGAGCACUUACAAAUACUCAGGCAUUGAAAAGUUUUAAAAAUCAUGUCUUCCAAUUUACACUUUUGUUUGGAGUAGUUUGGUGCUAGUGAACAAUAAACGCUAACCUGCA